AUGUUGAUUAGGGAGCUGUGGGACCCAGAGGUGAUCAGGGUCCUCCGGGGGAAAAAGGAGAUGUUCAGCAGCUGUUCAACAAAGUUUUUGCAGACUCACUGUGAAUCUUCUGAACAGGGACAGCUUGGUGCUCCUGGAGCUGUUGGUGUCAGAGGGAUUGUGGGAAUUCCAGGGCUGCCAGGGAAGCAGGGAGUAGCGGGACCCCUUGGUGCCAAGGGGGAUACUGGUGCUGAGGGACCCAUUGGGUCCGUUGGACUUCCUGGAACGACUGGUGAACCUGGAAAAGAUGGAGAAGAUGGAAAACCAGGAGAUAAGGGAGCACCUGGUGAACCAGGAAAACAAGGGCCAGUGGAACCUGCACGUCCUCUAGGCGUCCAGAUGACCUUUCACAACCAUUUCAACAGUCAAUCAGCCAUGUCUCUAUUGUGA